CUAUUUUCCUCAACUAUCAGUCAAGUGCACAGCUAAGUAGAAAACACAAACGCUUACACCAUCAUUGUCGGCGUCUACAUCUACUUAGUCAGAUAAGCGAGGGCAACCAUUAUGCAAUUCAUUCUUUUUCGCUGACCACCUCAACUUUUACGUUGGCCAGAAGCAAACACGACCUAAUUCCUGUAAUUUCAAAACAGUUGGAGCCAGUUGCGGUUCUUUGCUUCGUCGGAGUUCAUCAUGUCGGAAUUCAACAUCAAAUCGUGGAUUAGAGGGAAAACCCUCCUCAUAACUGGUGGCACCGGUUUCCUUGGCAAAGUUCUCGUAGAGAAAAUAUUGCGCGAGUGCAAUGGCGUACGAAAAAUCUACUUACUCUUCCGUGCUCGAGACAGAUCCCAUUUGGUCAAUCGGUUCCAGGACUACAAACAGAACCAAGUUUUCGGGAGACUAUGUGCGGCGGAUUUGAAAAAACUAUGUCCAAUUCUCGGUGACCUGGAGAAGUUGAAGUUGGGUUUAAGUGACAAUGAUAGAAACCUUUUGGUAUCUGAAGUGGAAGUCAUAAUGCACACAGGUGCAUCGGUGAAGUUCGAUGAAGAUCUGCAUCAAGCCGUUAUGCUAAAUAUCCGCGGAACGCGGGAGUUGGCUGAGUUAGCAAAAAAGAUGGUGCAGCUGGAAGUAUUCGUUUAUGUUUCCACUGCCUUCUCGAACUGCCAUGUCUCUGAAAUCAAUGAGGAAAUCUACGAGGCCCGCAUGGAUCCGCACAGAGUUAUAAGCAUUUGUGAAAAUCGAGCCCAUGAUGAGAUUAAGGGAAAGGUGGCCCGUCUCUAUCCAAAUGUUUAUAUUUUCUCCAAAAAUCUGUCAGAGAGACUGAUAUCCCAAUAUGCUGCAGAUAUACCAAUUGCGAUUGCGAGACCAUCUAUUAUAACGCCUUCGGCGAGUGAUCCUUACCCGGGUUGGAUGGACUCACGAAACGGACCCAUGGGGUUGAUUAUGGGAGCAGCAGCUGGAGUGAUUCGUUGUGCGUAUGGUUUCAAAUGGGCUAUUGCAGAUUUUGUACCAGUGGAUAAGGCCGCUAAUGGCAUUAUAGCAAUUGCUGCAGAAGUUGGGCAAAGUAGAACGAAGAGCUGUCCUGUCUAUAACCUGGCAAGCAGCAACGAGGCGCCGAUUACGUGGCAUCACUUCAUUCAAAUCGAGAAAGAGAUUGUGAUACAAGACCCUUAUCCAUCGAUGAUGUGGUACCCAGGCGGUGGCAUCCAUGAAAACCUCUUCACUUAUUAUCUCUCAUUCAUUCUCUUCCAACUGCUACCAUCACUUGCAGUCGAUACCAUCCUAUUCGUCCUACGAAAACGUCCUUGGCUCUUUCGACUUCAAAUGAAAGCCUUCCGAAAUCUGCAGCUCCUCUCAUAUUUCAUCAGCCGAACUUGGACCUGGAAAACGGGCAACUGCAAUGCUCUCUACAAUCGCCUGAAUUUCGACGAACAGUCAGUCUUCAACUUCAAAAUGUACAAUAUGGACUACGAAAAAUACUUCCGCAACUGGCAUGCUGGAUGCAAAAAGUACUACCUCAAAGUGGGGGAACACGACUCCAGGAAGGCACUCUUGAAACUGAGAAUAUUUUAUUGUUUAGAACUUUUAUUGAAAAUUUUGUGUUUUUUAACAGUUGGUUAUGUCCUUGUGAAAAUAUUGGGUCAACAUAAUUUAAUACAAAUCCCAAAAUUGGAAACAUGUGGUGCGUGUACUAAUGCUUACAUGGUUCUGAAAGGAGCAUAUUUGCGUAAGUAGUGAAAAGUCUUGUGAAAUUAGUGUUAAAUAAAAUUUGUUCAAUUUUA